GCUGCUGCUGGGGAAAGUAAUAUGUCAAAGUUGUUUUUUGUUAAACAAAUAUUAUCCUGUUGUAAUUCAAUUGUUGUAAAUAUUUAAUGGCCACAAAAACAUAAAGAAAGGGUGUCUUUUUAAAACAGCGAGGUGGGACUUUGUGGCUUUCCCUGGAUUUUGGUCAGUUAGAAACUGAAAAUUGCUUUUUUCUAUGAAGUUCCAAUUGGUAUACAGUAUUAGACUCUGAUGUAUUUGUUCAAAUGUCUUACUUUCUCAGCAAACUGGAAAAUUUCAGUCAAUGUAGCAAUGUGUAAUUGAGAAGUUGUUGCUAUUUAAACUUUUCUGUUUCUAUUUUUUUCUGUUAAAAUGAUACUUAUACCUGGAUUUUAAGAAAUUUGUGAGAAACAAAGCCUUAAGCAGCAGGAAAUUGCUGGAUUGGACUGUUUUAGUAGGAAACAUGUGCUGCAACUUUUUGAAAGCACAACCAAGAGCUUUUGCAUCAUCAUAACAGGGAGAAAACAGUGAGCAGCAGUCGGACUGGAUAAUCCGAGGGAAGGAGGAGAGGCAGGCAGAGCGCACCAGGCUGCUCUGCGCCCGGACGCUGCCUGCUCUCCUCACACUCUCCAAGGAGGCUGUGAUGGAGACAAGAUGAACCCUGCGAUGUGUUUUUCAGCGGAAAGUGGCGUCGUUACUCGGGCGUCAUCGUCAGAAACGGCUAUUUCGGGGAAAGUGGAGGAAUAUAUCCCAUUUUGCUUGAUAUUUGUGGAUUAUUAUGGACCGUCACAGCAGCGAUGAACCCAGUAACGUGCAAAGAGAUGCUACUUGUUCCUCUCUGCUAAUAUUUUUCAUCAUAAAUUCGACUAUUUUCUUUCCCCCAGAAAUGUUAAACCCCGUGUUGACGUGACAUAUUUCGUUUGGCAUGUCUUUUUUUUUCUACAUUUUCACCCAACAUUGACGCGCGUGAAUGUGCCGCCUGUGUCAGACAGCAUGAUCCAAUAUUUUGAUAUACCGUUAUUUUUGUGGUAUGUGUUCCGCUCCAGUGCGCAUGCCUAGCGGUAGAUAUAGAAUGCCGUCCGACGUCACUUCUUCGCCUCGUCCUGACCACGAUGUGGGAGCAGAAGUGGAAGGAGCGCAGAACUGAGGGAGCAUGCGUUGGCACAGUGGCAUCGUCAACACCAAAGGAUUUUGUCUUGUUGUGUUCCUUCACCAAAUAGCCCAGAUUGUGCCAUAAACUGAAGAAUGUCAGGAACAUCAAAUGCGGAGGCUGAAGGAGUAGUCUCCAAAGUACAAGUGAAAAGGGAGAUUAAGACAAUCGUGGAGAAUUUGGAAACUAUCCUGGGAGACCUCAAGGAUGUGGCAAAAGAACUAAAAGAGGUUGUUCAUGAGAUUGACACCCUGACUUGUGACCUGCAACUGGAGGAGGAAGGACUGACAGACAGCUCAAAGACUGACACGCUCAACUCCAGCUCCAGCUCCACCACCACCACUACAACUGCUUCUAGUCUGGAGAAGAUGAAGCUUCUUCCAGAGGAAUACUUUUUUAAAACACAGGUGCCCUUCAAUCGGGUUCCUGCCAACCCCUUGGCAGUCUUGACUGUCCUGAAGAAGCCACACCCACCCCUGCCACCGCCGAGACUCACCUCACAGAGAGCUGAAGAUCACAACGCCAAAAGUCUGCCUCAUCCGACUUUAGUUUUAUCAGGGAAUAUAUCAAAGGCUAACGGGUCUUUAUUUAGGAACGGCGGGCUUUUCCCACUGAAACCAAACAAGGAUUUAUUCUCCUCUACUCCAUGCUUCAUUUCCAAUGAUGGCGGGAUUCCUGAAUCAGGCCUUGUUCCCACAUUGCCGAAGCCCAUGCCGCUUCUGAGGCAUGACAAGAACAAAUGCCCAAAGGCCCCCGGCAGGGAGCCCCGUGAGAGAGAGCGUGUCCGUUUCAGUGAGAAGGUCCAGUAUCACGGCUACUGCCCAGACUGUGACCUCCAAUAUGAUGUCGAUGAGACAGAACUCCACUUACAGGCUGAGCUGAGCGACCUGCGGCUCAGCCCUGUGCACUGCUGCUCCUCUUCACCCCGUCCUCCUCAUCCUCUUUCUCACGAACUAUUGUUGGAAAAUGGAGGGCUCCCUGUCAGCCACAGCUUUCCACCAACGACAAACACUCUUCCACCUUGUGUGCCUCCUCACGCACCUUCCCUGAAGCCCCAUAAAACAAUCUUACGCAAAUCAACCACCACAACGGUUUGACAACAAGCCCCCUUUGUCACGUCGUAAUCUAAAGUCUUGAAUAAUUAUUUGUUUUUUAACCUCGUCAGCGCCUUCCACUCCAAUUGAACUUUGGAUUAUACUGACAACAAUAGGAAUGUUUGGGAAACAGACAGGAAAAGGGGGAUAGAGUGCGUCGAAAAGGAAAGAAAGGCAGCGCCAUACGGCCGACGACAACAACAACAGAGAAAUCCAAAUGAGACGGGCCCAUUGAGAUACUUGAGUUACAAGAAAAUGGGUUGAUUGCCUGAGACAACUGAUCGGUCAUGGCUGAUCAAACCUGGAGGAGCUGGAGCUAAAAAUUAAACAUCAUUUCUGAGAUGAAUAAAGUGCUAACUGCUCACAACAGACAGCAGACAAGAGUCUAAGAAAUUCAUAUUUCAAUUUUGAAAGCUGGGAAAAGAUUACUGUCAACCAAGCAAAAACAAAAAAGGCAAAAUAAAAGGACAGCCACUGUAUUUCAAAGCAGACAGAUGAAUUUAGAGCUGUGAUAAUAUGUUUGCUUAGACAGAUGUCUGAACCAAAAGGUUAAAAUCCUGCAAGACCUUAUCAUCAAAAGUUAUGAGGCGAGUUUAAAUGAAGCCGUGCAAGACGGGGUGAAAUGAUGUAAGCCACAAUUUGAUUGAUGCUCGCACAUACUUUUGCACCGCGCAUACUUAGAUGGAAAUCAAUAGCUCCACUCGACCGAUGAUAUUUUCCUUUUAAGGAUUGUAAUUGUCUUUGUUUGAAGAGACCAAUAGGUCUGACUGUGAGAAAAAAAUACUGCCGGACUGCAGAAAAGGAUAUGAUGUCAGUACGUGCCAUAUCACAGUCACAGAAGACCAGUGUUUUAAAGCAAUGUGGUUAUUGCUCCAUGUUCAGAUGCUCUGUUCAUUGUUCAGUCCACUGGUUCCAAGUGUCCAUGGUUUGAAAACGGUGCGCCGUGUCCUGUAGUAACAGCUUUAAAGGAUUAUUGACAAAGUAAUAAUUUGCAUCAAAUUUUAUUUGUAUACAAAUAUACAUGUACAUGUUUGAUAUUAAUGUAUUUCAGGCCUUUUUCUACAGAGACUUUAACAUUUAAGAAGCAGUAUUUUUGAUAUGUUAGUGGAUGUGUGAGAGAUUUUUUUUGUUUGGCUUGUUUAUUCUAUUUUUCCUUACUGAUGAAAGCUGGCAUUCCCUCACAGUUUGUGGAAGUCAUUUACAUAUUCUGUAUAGAGUUGAUUGGAUGAAAAACGUUUGUGUUGACACUUUACAGAAUGAGCUCCUUUGUGAUUAAAAGAGCCAGGAAAGUGAAAAGAAGUUUCCAUGCCUUGUUAAAAAAUGGGGUUUUGAGGAAUGCACGGCUUACUCUUCACUUGGUUUAGCCAUCGACAUGUUUUUCUAUGCAGUUUAUGUGAAAAGGCUGUCUGUUGGUGGGUCUAACAUGCAAGGUGCUUUGCUCUCCGUAGUAGAGUGAUUUUUUUUAAUUGUUUAAAUAAUACCCAACAAAUUAUUCAUGCAAUUACCGUAAAUCUGAAGGCUUUUUACAAUUGGUAAAUAGAAAAAAGAUGAUAUUACAAAUAUUUGUUGUUUAAAGACUGUAAAUUCAGGAUAAUAACUAAAUUAUAUCAAGAAAAAAUCUGCAAUACUGGAAAAUACAGAGUUAAUUGUUCAGUAUAAUUAUUUCAACACUCAUAGUUCCACAUAAUGUAAAUUAGAGGCACCCCUCUUGAAAAGUCAUCCCUGUUGUUUUCAUUUGCCAAAAAUGUGGAUACAUGACCUCUGAACCAUAAAAAAUCGGUUCAAAUGACAAUCAGAAUGUCUUGAAAACUGUCUGUGAUGUUUUGCUGUGUUCACAAACUUCUAACUUGUGAGAAGUAAAAUCUUUGCACUUCAUCGCUGGUGUAUGUGCGUAAUUUAAAAAAUAUAUAUAUUGAUUGUUUCUGUCAGAAACUGUAGCCAUGUGGUCACAGGCUCUGUUCUGCAUGAGUCUGCACUUCUAGAAAGCAACUUGAGGACAACCUUUAAGUAGAGAGAGACACAAAACAUGGCAUCAUUAGCUGUAUCUGUUAGCUCUAAAGGAGUGUGAUCAGAUUGCAGGCGGGCCUGUACUUAAGGUCAUGAACUGUCGGCGAAAUGUGUUUUAAUGAGGUCAUUGGGAUCUGUCAUGGUCAUACAGACUCCUGCUUUGACUGUGGCGAGCAGCUCUGCAGCCUCAUAAUUAAAGUAAGGGUCAGGGCAGGGCAGCAGUGGCCUACAAACAGAAAAAGCGACACAUCUGAGAUAUUUUUAGUUUUAAAAAUUGAGGACUGGAGUUUUUUCCUAAGAACGUUAAAGUGAGCCAAGUCAUUUUUAGGAAUGUACAAGAUACAAGGAAGAUAGAAUUUGUUGAAGCCUAUUUACCAGCCAUUUUAACACUUAAACCUGCUCAACAUUUACGAUAAAGUUGGAACCUGAUCAGCCAAUCAGAUGGCAUUAACUUUUAAACAUGGUCAAGGUGACCUGCAAGGAUUCAGUGUGAGUAUCACAAUUGGAGCGAAAGAGGAUUUGAACGAGUGAGAUCAUUUUUUACUUCAGCCUGGAAAGGACUAUGUUUUUAUGGAUCAUUCUGACCCAACAUUUUCUAAUCUUCUCCUGUCCAAUCUAAGUGAGUCCUCAGAAACUGGUGGCUCAGUUUCCUGUUCUUAUCUCUGACAGGACUGACACUCAGCAUUAUCCUCUGCUGCUGUAGUCCACCUGCCUUAAGGUUAGACGUGUUGCGCAUUCAGAAGUGGAUUGCUGCAUGCUUUGGCUCUAAAGGCUAAUUAUUUCAUGCCUCUUUCUGUCAUCAAGGACCAGUUUCACUGUUUUCCUCUAAUCUCUAACAUUAAGAAAUCACCUAUUAUCUCCAUUCUAAUACCCAGCUUAAUCUUCAUUAAGUGUUCUGGACUAAUAUUCCACCUUAAAAAAACAUAAGCAGCCUUAUUGUAACUGUUUUUUAACAAUUUAGCUCAGUGGUGUUGAACUGGAGGGCAGGUGAUUUAUCAGAUACUCCAGUCUUGCCUGCCACUGAUUAGCUGCAUCAGGUGUCCUUUAAAAAAUAAAAAGCUGCAAGGCAGGGUUAGUUAAAAAAAAAAACUAGCAGGAUUCUCACCCUUGAGGACAGCGGUUUGACAUCUGUGCAUUAGCAUAAACUAUUCUAUACCCCAAAA